AUGACGGAAGAAAAGCUGGCGAGUACAACCAUUAACCCUACAGAUACAGUCUCAAACACCGCCGUCUCAAACACCGCCGUCUUAACAUGCCCCGAUACUCCCGCCUCCUCCGCCGACCUGGAGAGCCUUGUGUCUCUGUCGGAUAAAGACCCAUACAGCCGGUUUCCGUUCCGCCAAAAAUGCAUCUUCACUCUGGUAGUGGCAUGUGUGUUUUUCCAGCCGUUUCUGGUCGCCUACGGACUCAUGCCCGCCCUGGACAAGAUUGCCGAGGAGUUCAACGUCAGUGACACGGUGGUGAUCAUUGGAAACGCGCUGUUCUACAUUGUACAAGGCCUGUCGGUCUUCUUUGUCGGCCCCGUGUGCGAAACAUAUGGACGCAAAGCCGGUCUGCUGACGUGCUGCUUCUUCUUCUGUGUCUCGGGUAUCGGCUUAGCCCUAUCUCCCAACCUCGCCUGCUACUACGUCUUCCGAGCCAUGUCAGCAGUUGGAGGCAACUCCACCUUCUCUGUGGGCGUGGCGGUGAUUUCGGACAUUUGGAAACCCGAACAGCGGUCCAAGGCCGUGGGAUGCUGUCUGGCAGGCACCCAGAUUGGGUCGUCUUUAGGACCGGUGCUGGGAGGCCUCAUUGUCAUGAAAUCCAACUGGAGAAACAUCUUCUGGAUGCAAUGCGGUAUUGGAGGUCUGGCAAUGACGAUUGUGGCUGUCGUAAUGCGAGAAACCAAACCCAACACACCCUUUUCACAGCGAAAACCGGGCCAAUGGUUUUUCCCCUUACAUUGUACCCAUAUCCUCAAGGGCUUCGCCAAGAAGCAUAUCAUGAUGGUCACUGUGUCGCUCAUUUUCGCUCUCUACAUCAACGAGACCCUCAUUGUCCCUAUCGCCGCAAUCAUGAAGCCUCGCUUCAACCUCGAGAAUGAGCUCAUUCUGGGUCUCUUCUACGUACCUCAGGGUAUUGGCUACUUCUUUGGAUGUCUGUUUGGAGGCUGGUAUGCCGACUAUCAGGUGAAAAAAUGGGUCAAAAUCAAGGGCAGAAGAGUGCCGGAAGACCGACUCCGAAGCGUCAUCAUCUUUACUCUGAUUACAGGUCCCCUAUUCAUGAUGCUCUACGGAUGGUCUCUGAAGAAGGAGUUUGGAGGAAUGGCUCUGCCUAUCGUAGCUAUGCUCUUGACAGGCUUCUCGCUCUCCAUCUACUAUCCCAGUGUCAACGCUUAUUAUGCAGACUCCACUCCCGAUCUCGGAGGCGCUGCGGUCAUGAUCAACUACUCUGCUCGAAACGUGGGCUCGUGUGUGACGGCCGCCAGUACCCUGACUGCAAUCAACAACAUUGGUAUUGGGUGGGCAGCUACAAUUGCAGCGAUUGUAUGUAUUUUUGCUGCCCUUCCGCUCCUCUUUUUAAUCUACCGAGGGGAGGGUAUUCGGGAGGCCGAGUAUGGUAGAACCAAGGUUCUGCUUGAGGAGAAGGAGAAAGCGGAGGAGGAUCCAUGCAACAAGAAUGUUUGUGUGGGUGAGUAUGGUCCAAUGAGGGCAGAAGCAUAG